AUGGGAGUCGACCUCACAGCGGAGAAGAAGAGAAAACGAACUUCUGAAAAGCCCGAUCGACCCAGCAAGAAACCCGCUCUUGCGCCUGUUGCGCCUGUUGCGCCAGCGGUCAAGGUUCAAUUUGUGCAAAAUACGAAUGGGCUGGUUCCUAUCAUAGCAUCUACGCCGGGUAUCAACCUUCCAAACUCUAUCCCCCUAACCGCAUAUUCAAAACCGCGCCAUCAAAAUCGAUCCUCCGCUUCAAAGCAAAAUGCAGCCGCAAACACAACCCUCUCCACUUCCGAAUUCCUCCUGCAGUCAUCCGCGCAUCCAAGGAUAGACUUCAUCGGCAAAGAGGGUGAGAAUGAGCUGGAUACGCUCUGGAAUCACUACGUGGCCGUCUAUGACCCGGACGCCCGCACCCUGGAGCUCAUGGAGGCGAGGAAGAUGACGGUGCGCAGUUGUGUGAGACGUGCGCCCAGGAAGCCUACUAACGAUGAGGAAAGCGAUGGGGAUCUUGCUAUGCAAUGCAACUGGGCAAAACGCACCGCCCUCACUGAAGCUUUCGGCACCAAACAAUCCCGCAAAGCCAUCCAAUCCGUCGCAGAGAACGCCCUCCUCUCCAACACCCCAGCCGGCCUCGGGCCCAGCGCCGCAGAGAAUGCCCUUCUUUCCUCAAUCCCUAAGGACCACCCAACCGCUUCCGGCGGCUCCCCACAGAAGACUGCCCAGGCCGAAAUCCAAGCUGCAAAGCCGCUCCCCCAACCAAACCUAUCCGCCACGCACCCGUCGCAGGUCUACGCGAUCGAAACCCUGGUUCCCAACGGCCUGUCGACCCUGCGCACCAUGCCCGUCAAGGAGUGGCAGACGUCCAUUGCUGCGGGGGAACCGGUGCUUUCAAGCUCUCGCUUCGUGGCGCACAGGGUCGACCACGUCGUGCGGUCGGGCGAUGCGACGCAGCUGCAAUUGCUACGCUAUAUCAUGGUUCUCAUCCAGCUGUCGCGGUCUCUAAAACCCAGUCGCGGUGGAGGAGCAUCGUCAGCAAUGGCGGCGGGGAGCAAGAAGCUGCCGCCCCGCGAGGACCUGCGGCGCAUCCUCUCCUCUUCCUCCUCCACACAGCCCGGGAGGACAGCGACAACGGCCACGGCAACGGCAAUGACAUCGACGAGCAACCCAUCCACUCUCCUCCCAGACUCCUUCCUCGAUGCCCUCCGCCGCAAAUUCGUCCCGCAGCGCUACUUCCUCUCCAAAACAGACGUCACCUUCCUGCACACCACCAUCUGUGCGCUGUCCCUGCAUAUCCCGCCCGAGGCGGGUUUUUCGCACAACGAGCUUGCAACGGACCCUGCGGACCUGCGUGAUGACCUGGGUCUCGAGUUCCAUACCAUCCAGCAGUACUUCAGGGAGCUGGGGUGCAAGGUGGAAAAGCCUAGGGAGAGCGAGUUUGCGAAGUGGGGGGUUAGGAGCAAGGUUGAAGCAGGGGCAAGGCGGAUUGCGAAGUUGCGGGUUCCGGUGGAGUUUCCGAAAGUUAGUAGGGGAGGGAGGAGGUAA